AUGGCAGAAUUGACAAAUAAAGUUGACUUUGACUUUGACUUUGACUUUGACCCUGUGACUGCCAAGGCCGUGGCAGGUUCCCAGGAGGUGUCCUGUGUGGUGGAUGAGAAGUCAGGUGACAUUGUUCUGUCAUUCGAGUCCUGCCAGAUAAACGAAGGCUCCAAGUUCAUCUGGAAGAAAGAUUAUAAAGAAAUCACAGAUUUCUCUAAAGGGGUAGUGAUUAAAUCUGAGGGCACCCACUCUAAGCUGAUCUUCAAGAACCCAGAUAAGGAAGACUUUGGGACGUAUUCUGUUUCUGUCACAAACACAGAGGGAGUGUCAUCCAGCUACACAAUCUCUAAUGAAGAGUUGGUAAAGAUGCUGGCGCUCAGUUAUGAUAUCAGACACCCAGUCAUCCCGCUGAAGUCUGAGUUGGCCUAUAAGAUUCUGGAGAGAGGCCGAAUGAGGUUCUGGCUGCAGGCUGAGGAGAUUUCUUCCAAUGUCACCUACAAAUUCUUUGCAAACAACAAGGAACUGUCUGGAGCUGAUCCCAACAAGAUGGGUCAUGACGUCGCUACAGGGAUCAUUGAGUUCAUCAUGGAUCAUUUCACUGAGGAGAAUGAGGGGACGUAUACCUGCCAGAUCACAGAUGGAGGAGGAAAGGCACAGAGCUCACUGGUUCUGAUUGGAAAUGCUUUCAAGGCAGCACUGGCUGAGGCCGAUUUCCAGAGGAGAGAGUACAUCAGAGUCAAAGAGGGCCCCCACUUUAGUGAGUUUCUAUCACUUCAGAUUGGGGAUGACUGCUCUGUCACUUUGGUCUGCAAGGUUGCUAACUUGAAGAAGGAAUCAGUGUUUCACUGGUUUAGAGAAGACACGGAGAUCAUCCCGGAUGUAAAACCUGACCUGGGAUCAGGAGUCUGUAAACUGCCAAUUAAAGAGUUUUCAAUGAAGACAGCAGGAAUUUACAAAGCCACCAUCAGCGAUGACAGAGGAAAAGAUAUGAGCCAAAUAAACAUUUCUGGAAAAGUCUUUGACGAUGCCAUAAACAAGCUCAGCCAACUGGCUGGAGCCAGUGCAGCAGAGCUUGUGAUAAACUGCACAGCAACAGGCAUUCAGCUGCAGUGUCACAUGAAGUAUUACACCUUAGAGAUGAACAUCACCUGGUAUAAUGGACUAAACUCUCCCACAGUGACAAGAUUGUGAUUGGUGGAACCCCGACUAUGGCAACAAUGGAGGUAGUUGAACCAGUGGAGAAGGACAAGGGCAAGUACUCCAUUGUGAUCACUGACCCUGAAAACUCACAUAAACGCACACUGGACCUCAGCGGUGAUGUAUAUGAGAAAGCCUUUGCAGAGUUCCAGAAACUAAAGGCUGAGGCAUACGCUGAGAAGAGUGGUGGGAGGACUGCCUGAUGUGGUCACCAUUAUGGAAAAGAAGACUUUGAGUUUAACAUGUACAGUGUGUGGAGACCCCAAACCUC